AAGUUGAUCAUCCUUAAAACCAGUGGAGGAAGAACUGCAUCUCUUCAAACGGCACUACUUACUAACUUGUCAGGAGUCAGAAAAGAAGAAGAAAAGGGAUGCUGCCGCUGGAGACACUCACCGCUGGCCGUGAGGUGGUCGACACUGAAGUCACUGCCCUUCUGCUUCUAAUGCUGCUACUGCUGCUCUUCACUGCCUGGAGCCAAACAAACCGGUCACAUAUACCUGGUCCUUCCUUCUUGGCAGGACUCGGUCCUAUCCUCUCCUACAGCAGAUUCAUCUGGACUGGGAUAGGAACAGCGAGCAACUACUACAACCACAAAUAUGGCAGCAUUGUCCGGGUCUGGAUUAAUGGCGAGGAGACCCUUAUUUUGAGCAGGUCUUCAGCAGUGUAUCAUGUUCUGAGGAGCGCCCACUACACAGCCAGAUUCGGGAGCAAAAAAGGGCUGGAGUGUAUUGGGAUGGAAGGGAGGGGUAUCAUUUUCAACAGUGAUGUCCUGCUCUGGAGAAAAGUGAGGACAUAUUUUUCUAAAGCUCUGACAGGCCCCGGCCUCCAGAGGACAGUGGGAAUCUGUGAGAGCUCCACAGCCAAACACCUGGACUGCCUGCAGGAGAUGGCCGACCCCUCCAGACAUGUGGAUGUUCUCAAUCUGCUGAGAGCCAUAGUGGUGGACAUCGCCAACAGGCUUUUCCUCAGGGUGCCACUCAAUGGUCAGCUGCACAUUCACUGUCAUAUUCUACAUCUCAAACUCAAACUUAUUUUCUGCCAGCAAAUAAUAUUUCAAGUUGUUGCACUGCAGCUCCUAAAUCUGUUAUGUUGUAACUCAGAAAAGGACUUGCUGAUGAAAAUCCAAAACUACUUUGAGACCUGGCAAACAGUUUUGAUAAAGCCUGAGAUGUUCUUCAAGAUCGGAUGGCUGUACAACAAGCACAAAAGAGCAGCCCAAGAGUUGCAGGACGAGAUGGAGAGCCUUCUUGAAAUGAAAAGAAAGAUUAUAAAUGAGUCUGAGAAGUUGGACGAUGAUCUUGACUUUGCAACAGAGCUCAUCUUUGCUCAGAACGUCGGGGAGCUUUCAGCAGAUAACGUCAGGCAGUGCGUGCUGGAGAUGGUGAUUGCAGCACCUGACACACUUUCCAUCAGCCUCUUCUUCAUGCUGAUGCUGCUGAAACAAAACCCAGAUGUGGAGCUGAAGAUAUUGGAGGAGCUGGACACUGUCUUGAGUGAAAAAGGUGAAAACAUUGAUUAUCAGAGCUUGAAAGUGAUGGAGAGUUUCAUCAAUGAGUCUUUGAGGUUUCAUCCUGUGGUUGAUUUCACAAUGCGAAAAGCUCUGGAAGAUGACAACAUCGAAGGCACUAAAAUUACAAAAGGAACCAACAUCAUUCUCAACAUUGGUCUUAUGCAUAAGACUGAAUUCUUUCCAAAACCCAAAGAGUUUAGCCUGAUGAACUUUGACAAAACAGUGCCCAGUCGAUUCUUCCAGCCCUUCGGCUGCGGGCCUCGUUCCUGCGUGGGCAAACACAUCUCUAUGGUGAUGAUGAAGGCCAUCCUGGUCACUCUGUUGUCUCGCUACACCGUGUGUCCUCGCCGAGGCUGCACCCUCAACAGCAUCAGGCAGACCAACAACCUGUCGCAGCAGCCUAUGGAGGACGAGCACAGCCUGGCCAUGCGCUUCAUCCCUCGAACAACAUGAACUCAACAGUCAGCACUGAGACACAUGCAGGGGUUACAAUUUGGUGAAAAACACUUAAUAUUGCAAAUUUUCAAUGAUUUCAACGAUACAGAAAUAUUCCCUGGCCAAGGUUGUACAAAUGUGCAAAAAACCCACAAACUAAUAGUUUUUAGUUCUAUAUCUUGUACUAAAUUUCUGAUGUCCCAACAGAUGUGUUGUCUACUUUAACAUUAAUUACAUUUAGUGAAUUUGUUGGAAGGUUUUAGCCGAUACAGAGCAGUGCAAGCAUGAUUACCUGGCCCAUGGGAUACUGUAUGGAAAACCAGGGAGGACAUGGAUAUAGAUUUAGUUUUGUUGUAUUGAGAGGACACACAAAAAAUAAUGUUUAAAAAUGACAUGCAUGUCCUAAUGUGGUGCCAACCUUUUUUUGUUUAAGACCUGAACUGAGGGAAUACAGCUACUAGUUUUUCAUUUUGUUAAUCAUCAAUGAUAAUCCUAGUUCAGUCAUGCUAUCAUGAUCAUGUAACAUAUAUAUUUUAUAUACAGUAUGUUUCAUAGUAUUAUAGGGGUUACUGUAUUAAACAUUAUCAAAGUUAAAACAGCUAAAGUAUGGUAUAGUGAGUAGUGUUUUAUGCAAGGUAAUGUUAGAAUUAGAAAUAUGUCAAAUAUAUGUCUUAGUAUGAUGAUAAGAUGAAUCCAGGUAAAACCUAUUACCCAUCACUAUUUCUUAUUGUUUUCUUGUGUUAAAUCUCUAUAAAUGUUAAAAAGAGACAGUUAACUUCUUUUUAGGGUAUCAGUGAAUGGAAAUGUGGACUGUGCGACAAAGGCAGCGAAUCAAAUGUUACUAAUACGUUUUUUACAUUUGGUGUAUGUAGUAAGUAAACAAUGCUCAUUCAAUAUAUAUUUGAAAUAUUGUUUUAUAUUGUAGCAAAUAUCAAAUUAGAAUAAAGAACAUCAGA